CUGCUUCUUCUUUUUUUUUAAUUAAAUAAUUUCUCUUUCCCAUUUGACUUGUUUUUUUUAGAGAUCGCUGUUCUUGCUGAGUUUCUCGGCUUGAGCGGUGAUUUUCUUUUUGUAGAAAUUUCCCAGGCCUGUAUCCAAUUUUCUUUUAUUUUUUCCCUUUUCUAUCAAAUCUAUCAUAUGAUCUCAACUAGUUUGAAGGAAUAUUGUCGUUGUAUAAAAUGGGAGAGCAUUUGGUGGUGAAUGAUGACCGGGUUGUGAACCCAGAUGGAGGAGAAACGGUUCAAAUUGCCGUUGAGAACAGGAAGAAGCCAGAAGUGGAAGGACCCUCUUCUUCAAAGACUGGAAAGGAGAAAGAAUUGGCCAUGGAAGAAGAAGAAGAAGCUAAUGAGGAGGUUCCAUUAAUUGGGAAUGCAGAGUGCCGCAUUUGCCAAGACGAAGAUUCCUUGAACAAUUUGGAGAGCCCUUGUGCUUGUAGUGGAAGUCUCAAGUAUGCACAUCGGAAAUGUGUUCAACACUGGUGCAAUGAGAAGGGCGACAUUACUUGUGAGAUUUGCCAUCAGCCAUACCAACCUGGUUACACUGCCCCUCCUCGAGCUCAGCCAGAGGAGACUAUUAUAGAUAUUGGGGGAGGAUGGCAAAUCGCUGGGACCCCUCUUGAUUUACAUGAUCCUCGCUUUUUGGCGAUUAGAGAGGCUGAACGUCAACUUUUGGAAGCUGAAUAUGAUGAUUAUAAUGCCACAAAUGCAAGUGGCGUUGCAUUCUGCCGUUCUGCUGCUCUAAUUUUAAUGGCUUUUCUGCUCUUGCGCCAUGCAUUACCUGUAGCAGAUGCAGACGGAGACGACGAAGAUCCAUCUGCUUUCUUCUCGCUUUUCUUGCUUCGGUUAAUUGGCUUUCUUUUACCGUGCUACAUCAUGGUCUGGGCCAUCAGCAUUUUGCAGCAGCGCAGGCAAAGAGAGGUUGAUCAGGAGGCAGCAGCAUUAGCAACAGCACAAUUUGCAUUUGUGGUACAAUCUGGGCAGUCGACAGGUGUACAGUUUGCCAUGGCAUCAGCUACACCUUCUGUCCCUGCAUCGGCAGACUCGUCUGUGCCUGCACCACUGGAUCGUGUUUAAAAGAGUUGUGACAUGUGCAUACCAGUUCCUUUUAUGAAAGGUUCCAGCAACCGGCCUCGUCUUUUAACCCUAAAUGCUGCAUUCUGUUUUGUAAGUAGUAUUAUGGAUAAUAGCAGCAUACUGAUGUUUCAAGAACCAACAAUUUUUACCAAGCUGUAUAUUACAUUCUUUUGAUCUUGGCAUGUGUAACUAUAACAUUUAGUACAAUCUUCACAUCUGGAUAAGACCAGUUUUGUAACAUACUGUAUGUCUUAUAGGGACCCCUGGCUUUUCAUGUCAGCUAAAAACUCGCCAUCUCGAAUUUAUUUCAAAUUACUGUUGAAUAUUUAUUUUUAA